AUGAACUGCAGCAACUUGCUCCACACUUUCAUCAGCCUCCAUUCGGUGUUCUUCCCACCAAGGGUCCGUGUACACCCAACGCUCUUGGAAACCCUGGGGCAUACGGUCAUCACCACACCUAUCGUCCUGGAAACUCUGAAAGGGAUAGACAUACCUUACAUCCUGGCUGACUACGGGGAGAUAGUGGACGGUGAGAUAACUGGAGCCAUCAUAGCCGGGGAAGACGGCUUCAUGCAGGAGCAGAUAGCCUUGGUGACAUCGCAGGGCGGAUGGAUGGCCAGGGCGAUGGUAGUCGUCAUCACGAUGGAGCCACAUCCCAAGUUCUUCCGAUAUCUAUGGAGCGAAAGAGUGGUCAACGUCGUAUUGAUCACUAAGACCGGAUAUUUCGCCUACAACCCCUUCAACGAUACAAUGUUCAGCGUGGAUGGAAUGGAUAUUGGAAAAGCUUUGGAAGAGAGGUGGAGGGACCUACAGGGGUACAGGGUAGCUGUUGCGAUGUACAGGCACAACCUCAGCUUCAGAAAGGAAUUUGGGAUCUCCUUAGGAUCUGGGAUAGACGGAUCGGCGCUCUACGAACUAGCAAAGUACUGGAAUAUGACCGUUGAUACUGUGGACACCGGGCAGCACCAUCACUUCGUCAGUAGAGCCGACAGGAUGGUAAGUAAAAUAA